CUGCUCCGGUCCUCCCAUUGCCGGCGACGUUAGGAGGAGUGGCGCCCGGCAGCCGGAAGUGUAAUAAUUUGAGGCGACGGGCAGAGCGGAGUCGGAUCCGGGGUUACCGCGGAGACCGGUUCUCGGAUUAUUAGUGACCGCGGCUGGAGUUCAGAAAUGGAUCCAGCAUUAUUGAAAGAAAGGGAACUGUUCAAGAAGCGUGCCCUUUCCACUCCUGCUGUAGAAAAACGAAAAGUGCCCUGCUCUUCAGGUUCCUCUAGUUCCAAAAAGAAGAAACCGAAGUCAGAUCAAGGAAGUGCCUCAAAGUCAAAUUCAGAAAAUGGACCUUUAUCAUACAGGGCACUUCCAGGAAGCACUGGGUACAAAUUUGGAGUUCUUGCUAAAAUAGUGAAUUACAUGAAGACACGCCACCAGCGUGGAGAUACUCAUCCAUUGACCUUGGAUGAAAUUCUGGAUGAGACUAAACUCUUGGACAUUGGCAUGAGGCAGAAACAAUGGUUAAUGACAGAGGCACUUAUAAACAACCCAAAAAUUGACGUGACAGAUGGAAAAUAUGCCUUUAAACCCAAGUACAACUUGAGAGAUAAAAAAGCCCUUUUAAGGCUUUUGGACAAGCAUGAUCAGCGGGGUUUGGGAGGGAUCCUCUUAGAAGACAUAGAGGAAGGACUACCCAAUGCACAGAAAGCUAUAAAGGUAUUGGGAGACCAAAUUGUGUUUGUAACACGACCUGAUAAAAAGAAGAUUCUCUUUUAUAAUGACAAAAGUUGCCAGUUCACGAUAGAUGAAGAAUUUCAGAAAUUGUGGAGAAGCAUUCCAGUGGAUUCUAUGGAUGAAGAGAAGAUUGAAGACUAUUUAAAAAGACAGGGAAUUUCUUCAAUGCAGGAGACGGGACCAAAGAAAGUGUUAUCUGUGCAGAAGAGGAAAAAGUCUGCUUCUCAGAGGAAAAGGAAAUUCAAGGCACAUAAUAAUCAUAUGGCGGGACUGCUGGAAGACUACUCUGAAGGUGUAUCUGGCAAAGAAUAGCUAUAUGGAAAGAGGAAGGAGAACAAUACUUGAAAAGGAACUGAAUAACGCAACAAAGUGCUGUGACUGAAGCACAGUGCAGUAAGACCGAUCACAGCUUUUCAGUUGAGAUCCCAACUUUUCAGUUGAGAUUCCUUUGUUCUGUUACUUAAUCUUAUUUGAAAGUUUAUAGAAACCAGCUUUAUCAAUUAUGGAGUUAACUUAUUGGACAAGGUCUGUUUUGCUCAGUAAAAUAUGUUUUCAACAUCAUGGGUUCUUAUCUUUUUUUGGAAUUCUGAAGUGUUUGGGGGAAUAUUGUAUAAUAAAAACAAGUAUGUAUUGUAUCAAAAAUAAUAAGCCUUAAAAACUAAUUCAUAGUGAAUGCUCUAUUUUUAACAACAUUUCGGAGCCUUUUAUUGCCCUGCAAAUAGUUUCGAACAGGAUGACCAAGAAAUUCUCUUGGGCUGUCCCCACUCUACUUCCAUCAUGCUGCAGAAGUUUCAUGUUCUGUGUUUAAUUUGACACAAUUAAUUCAUGUUUGUACAGUCCCAUACUACUCCAAAUUGAGUAUUUAAAAAAUAGGUUUUUAGCCUAAAUGCUUUGUAAUUUCGGAGAAAUAAAAUGCGGUCCUAAUUUAAAAAAAAAUUCCUGAAAUGUCACUAUCAACAGAAAAUUAUUUUUACCAUCUGUAAUAAUGAAUCUCAACACACUGAACAAUUGUUAUGCCUCAUUGAAUCAUCAGGAGAUUAAUCCAUGAGAUAAUUGUGAACACAAAUCAGGUUUGCUUGUAACCUAGAGGGCAGUGUGAGUGAAUCACAAAGGAGAGAAUCUGCAGAUGCUGGAAAUUUGAAUAACACGCACCUGACUCCAGCAUUUUGGGAAGUGUGAGUGGACUUGCUGAUUUGGUGAGGCUGACUGGUGACCACUCUUCUCUCACACACUGUUUUUGUUUAUUUCAAGUUUGGGUUAUGAAUGGAGCCGCCCAAACCUGAGGACUACCUGCUCUUGACAAAACUAAGUUUGCUGCCACGAUAAACAGUACAAAUAUGAGCAGGAAGUUGCAAAGGGACAUAAUGAGAUUAACUGGUUGCGAGGGAAAAUCUGUGAAUGCAGGAGUUUAUUUUUGGGAUGUGUGUUAUCAUUCUCUUUGAAGCUAAGAAAGUUAGAUCAGACUAUGUUCUAGGUGCUAGUUAGCACAUCCCAAUAAUCUCUAAGACGAACUGAGUGUUACACUUACCAUGGGGGUCAACUAUAUACUGUAGAUGGAUAAAAGUUACUUGCGUUACAAUUGUAUAGACUUUUGUUUUACCGUCUCUAGAAUUCGAUGGUCAAUUCUAAGCACCACUUCUCAACAAAGGAACAUUAGAUUUGGAGUACCCAGUAGCAGCACUUUCAAUUUGCUGGCAAAAUACUGCAUAUAGUGAGUUAAAUUAUUAGAAUAAAUUAGUUUUGCACUCUCUCUUGUUUAAAAAUAAGGGGUUAAAUAAAUGAUAGAGGUUUCCUUUUGUCAUUUUUGAUUCUUAACUGGUUCAUCCCAUAACCAUCACUUCUGUCAUUUUAGCUUCAUUUUGGCCCUCAUUUAUUCCAUGAAAAGCAAUUAUAGAUAUUUCUCAUAAACCCCAGCCUUUAUAACAUCACUUCAGAUUUUUACCCAAGUCUGCGUGAUCUGUCUGUUUCUCUGGUUAUUUACAAGCCGUGAGCAUCACUGUAUUGCUCAGCCCUAGUUAUCAAUGAAUGGCCAUCCUGAAACACUGCAGCUCUUCAGCUUGCAGACCUUUUAUACUAGCAAGACCUAUAGGCAGGUGGCAAUGAAAUCUACAUUGGAGAUUAGUGCCAGAGGAAGCCCCAAGGACAUGGAUCCAGGAUUGUCAGAAGUUCCUGUUGCAGUGGUUUCCAACCUAUUUUAGCCCAACACCCCCCAAAGCAUCUUCACAUGUGCCAACAUCCUCUUAAAACACCUUCAUACAUUGCAAACACCCCCUAAAUCACCUUCAUUACUUACCAAUGCCCCCCAGAUCACCUUCAUUACUUACCAACGCCCCCCAGAUCACCUUCAUUACUUGCCAACGCCCCUCUUAGGCACAAUAUGCUUUCCGGCACCCCCAUAGUUUAAAACCAUGUCUACAAUAUUCUAACAUGAGAAAACUGAUUCUGCUUUAAAUUUUCAUUUGUCUUUAAACCUAGCUUACACAAUCCCUGUACGUGCACUGUACAGUGGCUUCAAUAUCAGUAUGACCCCUGAGCUUGACAAUUUUUAGCAUGAUUUGAAAUAUCUGGUUCAAGCCUUAAGUCCCCACGUGUAACAAUGUCCAAGUGGUUUCUGUUCUUUGUCAGUAAGUGGUUCAUUGCACUGAAGCCUCUUUCAACAAGGUAGGAGAAGGGAAAUGCAAUGAAGAGCAGUUUGAAACUUUGUAUGACUUUGUAGCCAUAUAUUAUAAAAACAGACAUUUUUAAAAAAACAUUUGUUUCUUCAUCUUUCUGUGUUUUGGUAAUUUCUUCUUGCAAGCCCUUUCUUGUUUUUCCACCUUGCAAAGAAAUGGAUUAAUUUCCCAGUCUGGAAUUUCCAGAUCAUUCAAAUCCUUGAAUCAAUUCUGAAAAUCUUUCUUCAAUGACUGCAGGUAUAAGCAGUACUCUUGCAAAUCACUGUCUGUGAAAGAAUGCCAUACUUUCCAUGCAGGGAAGCUAUGAGAACAUUCCUCCCCCAAUUUUUGCUUAUUUCCAGUUUUCUGAUAAAAGUUGACAUUACUUUUUGCCUGGAUUAAAAUGAAAUUCUCAUCCUGCAGUUUCAUAUUUAGAAUGUUCAUUCUGUCAUACAGAUCGGCGAGUUCAAUCUUGUUUCCCAAGCUCUUGUUGACUUUGAGCAAAAAUUCAACAGUGUCAAAAAGACUAAAGAAAUGUUUUAAGCAGCAAUCUUUUGACAGCCAAUGCGCUUCAGUGUGAAGAAGCAAGUGAUUCAAACUUUUCAUUGUUAACUUGGCAUAAAAAUAUUCAACUAUUUAAUUGAUGAGCUUUAAUUUUGUUGACAGCAGAUAAUAAAAGAGUCAUGCUUG